AUGAAGAGGACGAAGAUGGCCACCUAUACUUUUACUACGGCGAGAUGUUUUGCAGGAUUGCUGAUUGUUCGAAGGCGACUCACAACUACAAAUCCACCAACAACCUUCGCACGCAUGUCGUCUCACAUAAAGGAUGUUUCGAUGCCUGCUGGAAAUGUUGGAGGGCGUGUCUCGCAGGAACUUAGAUACUCGACCCAUCCUACAGGUAUGCCACCGAGACGCACAAGCGGUGCAGCCUCUCUCCAUGGCCGCGAAAAUGACCACUUCGCAUGA